AUGGUUACCUUUGUGGAUAUUAAUGGUUUUGAAGAAUUCACAAAAUACACGGAAACUAUAGAUUCCAAAGGGCCCCCUGUUUUAUUUUAUUUUAGUGGUUCAAAACUACCUGAUGGUAGAAGCUGGUGUCCCGACUGCGUGGAAGCUGAACCUAUUAUCAAGGCAUUUUUAAAUGAGUUGAAGAAAACUGUUAUCUUUGCUUAUGUUGAUGUUGGUGAUAGGGAAUACUGGAAAGACAAAGCAUGUCCUUUCAGAACGGAUAGUCGUACAAGACUUAUGGUCAUCCCCACCUUAAUAAAAUGGAAUGGAGUUCAAAGGCUUGAAGGCACCCAGUGCACUAAGAGAGAACUUUUACAGAUGUUGUUUGAAGAGGAUGAUUGA